AUGGGGCUCGGCAGUGGGUCAGCGGUAUCUAACAAACUAUCUAUCUUCGGUGCAACAGCCAAUCUGGUUAUGACAUCUAUUGGUGUUGGUAUUCUCGGUCUCCCUCAAGUAAUGGAGCAAGCUGGUUGGAUAGGCGGGUAUAUACUUCUGGCCAUCGCGGCACUUGCAUCAUUAUGGAUGGCAAAGCACUUGACUGAUGCAUGUGUGAGAUACUCUAAGAACG